CAGCGGGCAAGCACACUGUAGUGGGCAGGGCAGCGCCGGUAUUAUACGACCAAGGUCGGCGCCAUUUCUCUUCCUCCAUCAGAAAAGUUGCCAAAUACAGCAGAACGAUGUCCGACGUAGAAACCGAUGACGUUCCUUCGGCGGUCGUAGGAGGUGGUCCUAUGGACGUGAAUCAGGCUCUCCAAGAAGUUCUGAAAAACGCACUUAUUCAUGAUGGGGUGGUACAUGGUCUCCAUGAAGCAGCCAAGGCUCUUGACAAGAGGCAAGCAAUGCUGUGCAUUCUUGCUGAUAACUGCGAUGAGCCAAUGUACAAAAAGCUCGUGACAGCUCUGUGCAACGAACACCAGAUCCCCCUCAUCAAAGUUGACAACAACAAAAAACUUGGUGAAUGGGCAGGACUCUGUAAAAUUGACAAUGCAGGAAAGGCCCGUAAAGUCGUCGGCUGCUCCUGCGUCGUGAUCAAGGACUUCGGAGAAGAGACUCCAGCCAAGGACGUUCUCAUGGAGUACCUCAAACAAAAUGCUGUACACUAAGUAAUUUUAAUAAAAUAUCAUCCAUUAUUUUCUAGUUGUA